AUUCUUAAAAUGAUUCAGUGAUUCGUAGCGCUCAAAUCAGCUCAUGCUGGCGAAAAACGGACGGUAUUUGAACACGGUAAAACGCCUGCUGAAUCAAACUCCUGCUGAGAUCCACGUGACACACUAUUAUAAAGAUGGCAUUUAUUAAAGAGGAGAGUGAAGACAUGAAGAUUGAAGAAACAUUCAGAGUCAAACAUGAAGAUACCGAGGAACAAACAGACCUGAUGGCGCUGAAAGAGGAAAGUCAAGAACUGAAUGAAACUGAAGAGAAAGAUCAAGACGAGAAACAGCAUGAUUUCAAAACUGAAGAAAACACAAUUAGUUGCUCACAGAAUAAAAAGACUUCCUCACCAAAAAAAGCUCAAAAAAAGCAAAACCUUAAUUCCCAAACGAGAAUUCAUAAGGGAGAGAGCUCUUUCACCUGCCAACAGUGUGGACAAGUUUUCAAUCAAAAAGGACGCCUUAAAGACCACAUGAAGAUUCACAUUGAAAAGAAAGAAACAUGUGAGUUAAAAUGCCCUCAGUGUGGAAAGUGUUUUACACGAAAAAGGAAUCUUGGACUCCACAUGAAAAUUCACACUGAUGUGAAACCUUACACCUGCGAACAGUGUGGAAAGAGUUUUACACUGAAAAUGUACCUUAAUGCCCACAUGAGAAUUCACACUGGAGAGAAACCUUACACCUGCACAGUGUGUGGGAAGAGUUUCUCACGAAAUGGAGAUCUUAAGACUCACAUGAUAAUUCACAUUGAAAAGAAGCCAUUAAUAUGCUCUCAGUGUGGAAAGUGUUUUACACAGAAAAGAGCCCUUGAUGCCCACUUGAAAAUUCACACUGGAGAGAAGCCUUACACCUGCCCUCAGUGUGGAAAGAGUUUCAGGCUCAAAGAAAGCCUAAAGGCUCACAUAAGAAGUCACACAGGAGAGAAUCCAUUCACAUGUGAUCAGUGUGGAAAGAGUUUCAGAUACAAGGUAAACCUUAAUAAUCAUCACACGAAGAUUCACUCAAGAGAGAAGAGUUUUAAAUGUCAUCAGUGCAAAAAGUGUUUCACAGAGGAGAAACAUUUGAAGAAUCAUGUCAAAAUUCACACGGGAGAAAAGUAUUUCAUGUGCCAUCACUGUGGAAUGAGUUGCUCAAAAAAAGGAAACCUCAAGGUUCACUUGAGAGUUCACACUGGAGAGAAACCUUUCACCUGUGAACAGUGUGGAAAGGGUUUCAGGGUUAAAGAAUACCUUCAGAUUCACAAGGUAGUUCACACUGGUGAGAAACCUUACAAGUGUCUUCAUUGUGAGAAGAGUUUCAGAUAUCAAAACAGCAUGAAACGUCACUUGAAAACUCAUUCUGUGCGAGAAGAGGUUUAGAAAAAGGAGCAAUUUCUACAAUCAUCUGCACAUUUAUUUUGGAAGACAUUCAAUUAUAGUCAGUGUAAUAACAUUUUUUGCCAUCACACUUAUAAAUACAUGUGAAAAGUCAUGCAAAUGUGAAACUUUGUGUUCUUUGUUUAAUAGAAUGACAAGAAAAUAAACAAGUUAUGUGCAGCUGAACUUGA